CCGUUGAAGGACCGUUGGGGCGGGAGGUGGCGGCGGCGGCGCGCGCUGCGGGCAGUGAGUGUGGAGGCGCGGACGCGCGGCGGAGCUCGAGCUGCUGCAGCUGCUGCCGCCGCCGGAGGAACCUUGAUCCCCGCGCUCCGGACACCCCGGCCUCGCCAUGGCUGACCAGCUGACCGAGGAGCAGAUCGCAGAGUUCAAGGAGGCCUUCUCCCUCUUCGACAAGGAUGGAGACGGCACUAUCACCACCAAGGAGUUGGGGACGGUGAUGAGGUCCCUGGGACAGAACCCCACCGAAGCAGAGCUGCAGGACAUGAUCAACGAGGUGGACGCGGAUGGGAACGGGACCAUUGACUUCCCGGAGUUCCUGACCAUGAUGGCCAGAAAGAUGAAGGACACAGACAGUGAGGAGGAGAUCCGAGAGGCUUUCCGCGUCUUCGACAAGGUAAGCGGUCCUUUGCCGGAGUGGCUCUGGGAUCCGGCGGAGAGACGGGUGGCUGGGGCCCCGGGUCACCGCUUCCACGAGGCACGGGUCCCGGUGCCGGCUUGCCGCGCGGCCUCGGGAGGCCCCCCUUCCCCUGCUGAGCGUGGGUGCCUGCCGGGCCCCACCCUGCUGCCUCUCCCCCUGGGCCCACCCCCCCGUCGGAGCCUCAGGUUCGGAGCCCUUCCCCAUCCCCACACCCAGGACGGCAACGGCUACAUCAGCGCUGCCGAGCUCCGUCACGUAAUGACGAACCUGGGCGAGAAGCUGACCGACGAGGAGGUGGACGAGAUGAUCAGAGAGGCCGACAUCGACGGGGACGGUCAGGUCAACUAUGAAGAGUUUGUACAGAUGAUGACGGCCAAGUGAAGGCCCCCGGGCAGCUGGUGAUGCCCACUCUCGUGAUCUCUCUCUUCUCGCGCGCGCGCUCUCUUCAACACUCCCCCGCGUUCCCCGGUUCUAGCAAACACCAGUCGAUUGACUGAGAAUCUGAUAAAGCAACAAAAGAUUUGUCCCAAGCUGCAUGAUUGCUCUUUCUCCCUCCUUGAGCCUCCUCCCUCCCGUGCCCACCGUCCCUUCCUUUCUCCCUCCCCCCUUCCGUUCACAUCUUCCGAGGCCUGAUGCGUUCAUAAGACGAAGCCCCAUUCCCCUGAGGGGAGCCUCUGCCCUCCUUCUCCAGCCCGGGUGGCUCUCCUCCGUUUUGGUUUGUUUCCUUUCGUGUGUCAUCUUAUUUUGGGUGCCGGGUGGCUGCCAGCCCCGUCCCGGGACCUGCUAGGGAGGGGACGAGGCCUCACCCGGACAGAAGAGCAUGCCUUUUACUGUUGCAUGCAACCAGCCCCGUGAUUCUGUGUGCACAUCCCGGCAGCCUUUUGGGGCAGGGGUGCCGAGAGAGGCGUUCCAGAAGGACUUGGGGGGAGUUGAGGAGUUGUGGUAUUGGCUGGCUGUGGCCCAGGAGGGGGUCGAGGGGCAAGGGAGUCCUGGAAGCCGGCGUUCUUUUACCAGUCGAGGGGGCCGACUCGCCGAAGGGGACGGACGGAGCGGACCACACUCAGAUCCCACCGGCCGCUGUUCUGAAACCAUCCGAUCGACUUCCUGAGGUUGGGCUGGGUGGGGGCCGCUCGGCCGGGCCGCUCUGCAGGUUGUCCACACCCGUGUUUCGAAAGCGAUCUCCGGCUGUUCUGUAAAUACCUGGUGCUAACGUCCCAUGCCGCUCCGCCAUGAGGCGCCCGCCCGCCCGCACCGAGGUCCCCUCGCUGGAACGGAUGUGGGGAUGUUGCUUUGUAAUGUACAGGUUAUCCUUUGGGUUUGGUUUUCUUUUUUCUUUCUUUCUUUUUUUCUUUAUGCCCCUUAAAACUAAUUCUGUCAAAGACCCUGCCGGGCUAGCCGAAGGGUGGGGAGAGGGAAGGCGAGCCCCACCACACUCUCGAGAGAACAUACCUGCAAUAAAACGGUGUUGUCGGCUAGCUGCCCGGAGGACUGGCCAGCCGGCCCCUCCCGCUUCUCCGUGGUGACUUGGUUGGCUCCUUAACAUCCGUGCUGUCUCUGUGCCCUCUCUCCCUUCGCCCGCCUGCCUGCCCCCACACUCCCCCAGCGGAGAGCAUGAUCCGUGACCUUGCUUCUGAUUUUCGCCUCUGGGACAAGUAAGUCAAUGUGGGCAGUUCGGUCGUCUGGAUUCUUCUUUUCCUUUUUCUGUUCAGUUCAUCUUGCCCCCCCCUCCCCACACACACACACACACACACACACCCCGCCCCCAGGUCGUUCAAGUGGCUUUUCUUGGGACCUGCCCAGCUUUGAGAAUCUCCUCAUCCACCCUCUGGCUCUCAGCCUCUGGGGAGGGGAGGGGAGGGACGGGGCGUAGUGGGAGACCCAGCCAAGAGCUGAGGGUUAAGGGCAGGUAGGCGUGAGGCUGUGGACAUUUUCGGAGUGUUUUGGUUUAGGUUUUGGUUUGUUUGUUUUGUUUGUUUGUUUUUUUUUUUAAACCGGGCAAUAUUGUGUUCAGUUCAAGCUGUGAAGAAAAAUAUAUAUCAAUGUUUUCCAAUAAAAUACAGUGACUACCUGA